AUAUAUAGGACCAUGUGUAGAUAGUCCAGGAGUUCUGUUGGAUAGACAGUCAAUUGGCAGCAACCCUCUCGCUCUCUUUUUUCUCUCUCGCUGUACCUUCUCUCUCUCAAGAGAACGAGCUGGGAUAUAAAGCUCUCACUGGAAAGUUUCUCUCUGUUUUUUUUAGUGGUUCUGAGCACCUGCCUGUGUCAAAAUGAGUGACACUCUGCUGGAUGAUGGGUCCUUCAUGUUCACUUCGGAGUCUGUUGGAGAGGGACAUCCAGACAAGAUAUGUGAUCAGAUCAGUGAUGCUGUCCUGGAUGCUCACCUGAAGCAGGACCCAAAUGCCAAGGUCGCCUGUGAGACGGUUUGUAAGACUGGCAUGGUGCUGCUGUGUGGAGAGAUCACGUCCCGGGCCAAUGUAGACUACCAGAAGGUUGUCAGAGACACCAUACAACACAUCGGUUAUGACAACUCAGACAAAGGUUUUGACUAUAAGACGUGUAAUGUGUUGGUGGCUCUGGAGCAGCAGAGUCCAGACAUCGCUCAGGGUGUCCACAUCGACAGGAAAGAGGAAGACAUGGGAGCUGGAGACCAGGGUCUGAUGUUUGGCUACGCUACUGACGAGACAGAGGAGUGCAUGCCUCUCACCAUCGUCCUGGCUCACAAACUCAAUUCCAAGAUGGCCGAACUCAGACGCAACGGAACCAUCCCCUGGCUCCGCCCCGACUCUAAAACACAAGUGACAGUACACUAUGAGCAGGAGCACGGGGCAGUGAUCCCUAUAAGGGUCCACACCGUGGUCAUCUCUGUUCAACACGAUGACUUCAUAGGCCUGGAGGAACAGAAGGAGGUGCUCAAGGAGAAGGUGAUCAAGGUAGUGGUUCCGGCUAAGUACCUGGAUGAUAAGACCAUCUACCAUCUUCAGCCCAGUGGGCGCUUCGUCAUCGGAGGACCCCAGGGUGAUGCUGGAGUGACGGGUAGGAAGAUCAUCGUUGAUACGUACGGAGGCUGGGGGGCCCAUGGUGGGGGAGCUUUCUCUGGUAAAGACUUCUCCAAGGUGGACCGCUCGGCUGCCUAUGCUGCCCGCUGGGUGGCCAAGUCCCUGGUCAAGGCCAAACUGUGCAGGAGGGUGCUGGUUCAGGUAUCCUACGCUAUCGGAGUGGCUCACCCUCUGUCCAUCUCCGUGUUCACCUACGGCUCGUCACAAAAGUCAGAGAGAGAGCUGCUGCAGAUCGUAAACAAGAACUUUGACCUACGACCUGGUGUCAUUGUCCGGGAACUGAACCUGAAGAGGCCAAUCUACCAGAAGACAGCGUGCUACGGCCACUUUGGCCGGAGUGAGUUUACCUGGGAAGUCCCCAAGGAGCUCAACUACUAAACAUCUCCCCCUGGUGGUCAAGUAUAUAACAAACUCUUAAACACCCCCGUGGUUAAAUAUGUAACAAGUAUAUAACGAUCCCUCCCAGAGAUAGAAAACAGGCCCCCUCUACGGGCUACAACCACAAAUGGUUCUGCUUUUUCAUUGGCUAGUGUUGAGGUUAAGGUUUAGGAUUAGGGUGAAGGGAGAUGUUUUUGGUUAGUGCUAAACAAUCAUUUAUGUGAUUGUAGCCCAUAGAGGGGUUUGUUUGUUAAUGCUUCUUAUCUUGAAUAAGAGGGAUGCAACUUAUAGAGGGGAAUCUUUAUUCUCCCUCCCUCCCUCUCUCUCUCCUCCAUCUCUUUUUCUAUCACAUCAAACAUUUCAGUCAAGAGAGAGGAUGAACUCACUGUGAUUUUAAUCAGACAAUCCACACAUUUUCAUUCAGAUAAAAGGUGUCCUUUGUAUAGUGUCUCACUUAUGUGCCUUAGUAUCAAAACAAUGACAUGUUAGAAGUAUUACAUGUGCAGAAGUAUUUAUUCACACUCACUCUGGACAAAUAGUGAUUCCAUUGUCACUUCUGCUAUUAAACAAAGAAACAAAGAAACAAAUACAAUUAAUAUAUAAAGAUAAAUAUUGAAUAUAUAUAUAUAUAUAAAGCAGAGCAUUUAGCCUCAAAACUGUGAAUUAGUGAUGUGUGGUUGGACUCAUAACCAGCAGUCGGGUUUAGGGGCAUGACAUACAGUAUUGUGUGGAUGAAGUGCGGGUGAGUGGCGGGCAGGUUGAAUAAAGAGAAAACAGUGCAUUAAAAUUCAUAAAUGUAUAAUUCUUGUGCUAUUCAUACCUAUGGGCUAUUUUUAUCUGCCGUUAGUGCGUAGCCUGAGCACCUAACUGUAGCGUGCCCAAUACAUGCAAAUUCUCAAAUUCUUUUGAGAAUUUGGACAGAAAAAGUUUGUCGAUCCACUGAGGCAAAAAAAGGACAAUGUCGGAGUUUAAUUCAAUAAGAGAAAAACUGAGAAAUGGAGUGUUGAAAAUAAAUAGAAGGUAAGGCCAGGGAAAGAUUUGGUAACGUGGUAACAGUGCCAGCUAUGUUAUGUGUGAUGAUUGUGAGACGCUAUACAAAUUCGAUAGUCACAAGACUCGGACUUCAAAAUGCACGUCAAGGGAACUGUUCGGUUCAGAUGGGUUAAAUGGAAAAGUGACCUUACUGUAGGUCUACAACCCUUCACUUAACCUGAUAUAAUAUUAACUCCUGCAAAAUUAAGCAUUUGUUGCAGAAACAUUAUACACCAAAUGGACAUUUUGACUCGUAACAGAAGUGGGGAAAUAUUAUGAGUGAGACAGAGUGAGAAGUUAGGGACCGUCUGUAAAGGUGGAGGUGCUAUCUUUACCAGCCCCAUAAAAGCUGAUCGUAUUUCAACCACAUAAAGCAUGCAUCCAAGCCAAACUGAAAUCUUAAAACAUGUUGGGUCAUUUUAACAGCUGUUAAUUUCCUGAAAACCAAUCAAACUGAUUUUUUUUUUUUGGGGGGGGGGGGGUCCCUCUUUUUUUUGGUAUUGCACCGGCCCCUAAACCUAUUGUCUGCAUGAGAGAAGCAGAGAUGAAAGAGAAAACAAACUUUACUAAUGUCAACUGGAUUGAAGCAUUUAUUCUAUUGAUUUAUGCACAGCAUGAGGGUGUUAAAUUAACACACACCUUAUUUGCAAUAUUCACAGAAUGCCUUGCCGUUCGAGUGAAUUGUAGAGUUACCACCCAUGACUAUUUGUUAGUGGCAGAGACAUGGUUGUUGCAUUCAUCCAUCAUUCAUGCUUUCCUGUGACUUUCACCAAGUGUGAUUCUAAGCAAAUAUGUUAUUAUUGUUUCACACAAUACAACACAUAUUUCACAAGGCCUGCAACUCACAUCACUCUAUAUUGCUAAAUGAUGUGUAAUUCCGGUUGGAUUCCAGACAGAUUGGGAAUAUCCAACAUUUGGAAUUUGAUUCACCCGCAACCUGCAUUUAUAAUGACAGCCGGGUUCGGAAGACUAAAAUAUCAGACUACCUAAAGCAUUUCACAAACCUGUUGUUUUCGACGCAUGUGAUAAAAACAAUUUGAUUUGAUCUAAACUGGAAUACCAUUACAGUAAAAGGUGCAAGAAGUCCAAGUAACAGAUUGGAUUAGUUUCGAAAAAUGUAUGUUAUUUAUGAGUAGCAUAAGAUUAAUUAAUCAAUCAUCAAUUAAUAAACAUGCAAAAACAUACUGAAAAAUGUUGACAGCAGAUGGGAGUUUUAUUCAUAACAUUGGUAAUUUAGCUAGCUAACAUACAUUUUGAGAAAACAAAUUAUAUUAACUGGCUAGCUAGCAACGUUUAGUGAUCAAUGAGACUGAGAGCUAGCUAACCAGCUGAGCUAGCAAACAAUGUAACAAGUAUAAUUUCGGAUUUUAAAAAUACUCCCAUCAAUGGGCUCUGCAUUUCAGGAAUCACAGUAGCAAAUACUCCUGGUGCACUAUUCAAUGAAUUAGCAAUUUAAACGUGACUUUUUUGAAGGAAACUCUGUUUGUGCCGUAGCCCUCGCUGUCUUUCAUGUGGUGCGUUCGUAAAUUCAAUCAGGAGUGCCAGAGUGCGCUCAGAGUGCCCUCAGGGAGUUCGUAAAUUCAGAGCGUUUCGCUCUCGCUGCGUUCAUAGCGGACACUGGGGACGAGGGGUAGGGUUGAUCGAGUGUUCUGGCCUAGCUUGCUAGCUACUUCCAGCCACAAACGAGAGAACAAAUCACUGACCAUUUCAAUCGCCCUAGCAGUGCUGGUUAGCCUAUUUUCAUGUUAUCCAGAGCAUUGGUGAUUAACUGCUGCGGGCUACAAUUUAAUUACGCAUUUUAUGCCGACGUUUACUGACACCGGCCACAUUCAACGGGUGUUGAGCGUCUGUAAAUUCAUCAGUUAUUCUGCGCUCUGGUACACUCAGACGAGAGUGCUCUGAAACCAGAGUAGAUAGCCAGAAAUAAUGUAAGAACCUUAAACGUUGGAAGUCAGAACCUUAAACGUUGGAUGUCAGACUCGACGACAGUUACUCCCAUUGGAGCGCUGCGAUUGGUUGCCCAACAUUUUGGGGCGGGGCUUAGCUGAGGGUUAAUUGUGACGCUCGUCCCUACUUUUUAAUGCUAUUUUAUGUUUAUUUAGAAAAAAUAUACAUGUAGUGAUGUCUUCUGUUUGUAUUGUAUUGCAAUUUGUAAUGUUAUAUUUAUUACAAAAAAAUAUAAAAAACGAUAUUAUCCCCUCCACUCUGUCCAUAUCACCUCAAGAUGGUGCUAUACAUCCUGUAUUGGUAGUCAUCCUUAUUAAUCAAAGCGGAAUAUGUAUCUGCAGGUUCAAACCACAUCCUUCAAUCAACCAAAUAUUAGAAGGGAGAUCACCCUCUAACUUGGUUUUCGGAUUCAGUUACAACUUAUCUUUGCUCUGUAUCAAACUGGUUUAUAUUAUAUGUAGCUUUGUAAAGAUCAAAUUCACAAAAGUCUUAAUUUUGUAAUUAUAUCAUCGAUACCGCAGGGCAGUUUUUACAAUGCACUACUACUACUACUACACAACACCAACAACAGGUAUGUAGGACGACACAGGUCUCUUAUCCCAGGGAGGUCUUGGGCUGUAUACGGUACCUCUUACCAGUGUGUUGCAGUUGACCAAAUCUAGCAGUAGACAUAGCUUUGAAUAAUGAGGCUUUAUAACCACUUAUAAGGCAUCAUAAGGAUGCUUAAUAACUGUUCAUAAGGCCUUAUAAUGCUUUAUGAUGUGUCUAUGAACCCCUGCUCAGUCCUGUUUGACAAUGCUUUUUGUAUCUUCAUCUGUAGUAUAGAGCUACUGUAGAGCUGCUGCUGGGAUCUCGCUGUAAACAAUAUUAUCCGCCUUGAAUGAAUGAACUGUUCUCAUCUCUGAUGGCUGAUAAGGUUUGAUGUAUUUAGUAUUCUGACUUGAUUGUGAGUUAAUUGUUGUGAUUAUUUUGCUAUAGGCAUAAAUAGUCUAUGAAUAAAUUGCCAAAGUGCAUGCUGCCAACAGUAGGUAUAUUAUUUUGUGGACAUCUUAAAAGUUUCUACAUUUGUACAAUUGUAUAUGCCUGAGAUGGUGCUUUCUGAGGAUAAUAACAUUGAGCUUCCCAAACAAACAUGACAGAGGUAUUUUAUGUUGACAGAAUUUCCCUCUUUCAUCCAUUUUCUCAAACCAUUUGAGACAUUCACUUGAGUCUUAUUUGAAAAGCAGUGAUAAGCUCUCUCUCUCUCUCUCUGUAUAGAGGUAUUUUGUAUAGACUCUUGUCUGUUUACAUUAUAAGUCUUACUCUGAGUCGCUUGGCCCAGUAUUUUUUUUAAAGACCCCAAUGCAGUCAAAAACUUGAUUUCCUAGUGUUUCAUAUAUAUAAAAAGUGCUGCAUUGGACCGUUAAGGACCUAGUAGGGGAAUAGUGUAUAAAACAGUCUUCCAAAAUAUUUCAGAGGGCUGAGUUAGUGAAACCAUAAGUAAAGGACUUGAAAUACCACAGAUGCUUUACCUGCCCAUUGUUAUAAACCAUCCUGAGGGGUUUCAUUUUUUAUCUACAUAAAUGCGGGUGUUUCUGCCCUUCACCCUCUGCACCUGAGUCAUUGUAGCCUUGAGAUGUAUUCAGCUGUACUGAUCUAGCUAUCACCUCUUCCUGUGUCCCAACCUUGUUGUCCUAAGGAAGUUUGCCCCCCCCCAACCCUCUUUACCUAGAAGUUACUGUAUGCUUUUCUCCCCCCACCCUCAAACUCACAGUCCUAACAGUUGGCGUAGAAUCCUGAAAAUGUAAAUAAUUGUUCACAAUAAAAAAUAUUUAAAAACAGAAA